GGUUGUUGUGGUUGGUAACGAACUUGUGUGUUAAUGGCGCUAACUCGUCCGUUACUGCUCCGCUCGGCCAGAAAUUUCUUUGCCUGUCGCUUGCUCACUUUAGCAACUCGAAAUUUUCCCAUUUCGAUUUCCCCAGUCGCCCAGAGAAGAAUUUCCCUCACACUCGCCAUGUCCUUCAUGCAAGAAAAAGCACAUUAACGGCCUCGAGACGCGAUUAUGGCGAGCGACGAGACGAACAACAAACGGCGGUCGCCAGAGUUUUUGCAGCUGCUGCUGCGCCGAGAGCUGCACCGCGGACGCUUCCUCGUCCUCAAGUACCUUCCUCGGCAAGUCUCCGAGACGGACGUCCGCGAACUCUUGCACGACUUCGCCAUCACCUCGGUCCACCUGCUGCAGAACGGCAACGGUGCCAGUUCAGCUCAGGUCCAUCUCGCCUCGCCCGAGGUACUCGAUCAGUGGGACCCUGAGCGGAUCUUCAUUCUGCGCGGCCAACGCAUUCCGGUCGUGCCUUUGCCGUUGCAGAAUCUGCUCUGCGUGGCCAACCUGCCUCUCAGUCUGACCGAGAGCCAAUUCCGGACAAUCGUUGAAGGUUACGGUCCGGUAGCCCGAUGUCUUCUGAUGCUCUGCUCACAAACCGGACAAUCCAAAGGUUAUGGUGUUGUCGAGUAUCUGAGAAAGGAGCAUUGUCUGCAGGCCAGACAGGCCCUGGCGGAACGUCAGGUCACCUGUGAUGUGCUCGAACCCACCCUGCAAACCCUCGACGCCCUUCACUCAAAAUGUAUGCUGGUCGAAGGCCUUCCGGAAAACUUUCGAGACCUGAGCGAACUUCGAAAGAUCUUCAGCUGCCGGACGUCGCCCCCUUACUGCCAGCUGCCCCUGACGAGUCCCCACAACUGGGGUCUGGUGGAGUUCAACAACUGGCCGGAGGCCGAAUCGACCUGGCUCGAGGUCAACGGCACCCAGAUCCUUGGCCACGCCAUCAGGGUUUCAUUUUGCCUGCCAGGCAUGAGGGCCAUCAACCUGUACCUAAAGCGAAUCGGUGAGGCCCGGACGGCUGGAGGCCUCUUGCCGGACCCUCCCUCACCCCUGGUCUAUCAGCAGCUGAAAAACUUGGCCAAGCAGAAUCCCGUCUUUGCUAAGAACCUCGAGACCAUCGUCCUCACCGAGCAGACCAAGAAACCGCCCAAGGUCGUCCCAACGCCACCUUUGGUGCCACCCUUGGCUCCUUUGCAGAACCUGCCAUACUUCCCAGGACCUAUCGGGCCUCCGAUGCUGCUGCCUCAAAUGGCCUUGCCGAUGGUGCCUCCGCCUCCGAAGCGUUUUGCUGACGGAGCCCCUUGGCCGCCUCAAAUCGUCUCUCCGCAGCCAGACUCGCCAGUGACCCCUCAGGGUCAAAAGAGGAAACUGAACCACAUUCCUCCGUCCCCAGAACCCAGUCCGGAGAACAAUUACAUUGGGCAGCACUCGCAGGGUAUUGGUGGUCACUAUGCUGACUCGUACUUCAAGAGGAAGCGCCGACUUUGA